AUGGUAGCUAUGAAGCCUGAAAAUCUGGCAAAAUUGAGGAAUAAACAAUUAAAAGCAACAAAAAAAUGUUCAGAAGAAAUUGAUAUUUCGCUAAUAGAAUAUCUGAAUUUAAUGCAUAAUGCAUCAGAAGAUGCCACAGAACCUAUGCAAUGUUUUAUGGAAUGUUUUUAUAAGAAACUGAAUUUAAUGAAAGAUGGUGAAAUACAAAAAGAAGUCAUAAUUAAGGAAAAAAAGAAAAAACUGGGCAAAGCGACAGCGACGUCAAUUGUUGAGGACUGCAUGGCAGAUUUACCAGACAACAAUGAUUGCGCUAAAGCCUAUAAAUUCCAUUAUUGUUUAAAUUUGGCUUUAUCUGAGAAAUCUGGAAACUAA